AUGACUACCAACGGAGCUACGAAUGGAGCAGCACCAGCUUCGAAGUUCAAGGUCGCUGACCUGGGGCUAGCAGCCUUUGGUCGUCGGGAGAUUGAUCUCGCAGAGAAUGAGAUGCCGGGUCUUAUGGCUACGAGGGAAAAGUAUGCCAAAGAUCAGCCAUUGGCAGGUGCUAGAGUCGCAGGAUGUCUGCACAUGACAAUUCAGACCGCAGUCCUAAUCGAAACCCUCACAUCCCUUGGAGCUGAAGUUACCUGGACGUCCUGUAACAUUUUCUCUACUCAAGAUCAUGCUGCUGCUGCUGUUGCCGCUUCAGGAGUUCCUGUUUUUGCGUGGAAAGGUGAGACUGAUGAAGAAUACGAAUGGUGCUUAGAGCAACAGCUCGUGGCAUUCAAGGACGGCAAAUCACUCAACCUGAUUCUCGAUGAUGGUGGUGAUCUCACAGCGCUAGUACACAACAAGCACCCGGAGAUGUUGGAAGACUGCUAUGGUGUAUCAGAAGAGACCACCACAGGCGUGCACCAUCUCUACCGCAUGUUGAACAAUAAGAAAUUGCUGGUCCCAGCGGUCAACGUCAAUGAUUCAGUUACAAAGUCGAAAUUUGACAAUCUCUACGGCUGCAGAGAGAGCUUGAUAGACGGAAUCAAGAGAGCAACAGAUGUCAUGAUUGCAGGCAAGGUCGCUGUGGUAGCUGGAUUUGGCGACGUUGGCAAGGGAUGCGCUCAGGCAUUACACGGCAUGGGCGCCCGCGUGCUAGUCACAGAGGUCGACCCCAUCAAUGCGCUGCAGGCAGCCAUGGCUGGGUACCAAGUUUUGACUAUGGAAGAUGCUGCACCAAUAAGUCAAAUAUUCGUUACUACGACAGGCUGCAGGGACAUUCUCGUGGGAGAACAUUUUGAAGCCAUGCCAAACGACGCUAUUGUGUGCAACAUUGGGCAUUUCGACAUUGAGAUCGACGUUGCCUGGUUGAAAGCCAACGCGAAAUCAGUCCAGAACAUCAAGCCCCAGGUGGAUCGGUUCACAAUGAAGAAUGGAAGAACCAUUAUAUUACUCGCUGAAGGCCGUUUGGUCAAUCUUGGCUGUGCUACUGGCCACUCUUCCUUUGUUAUGUCAUGCUCCUUCACCAACCAGGUCCUAGCUCAGAUCAUGUUGUACAAAGCAGAGGAUGCGGCAUUUGGCAAACGGUACAUCGAGUUCGGCAAGACCGGCAAGAAAGACAUCAGCGUUUACGUCCUGCCGAAGAUUCUCGACGAACAAGUCGCCGUACUACAUCUGGGACACGUGAACGCAAAACUCUCCAAGAUGACACCAAAACAAGCAGAGUACAUGAGCUUGCCUGUUGAGGGACCUUACAAGAGUGACAUGUAUGUUAAUAGCCUAUCUCCAUGUAGCUCAUACUCAUUAGCCUCACAGGUACCGAUACUAGAGAAUGCCAGACGAGUUCAUCCUAGCGAGCUUCGUCUUGGCCUAGGAGAUAUUCAACACGACUAUAUGAUAAAUGAUCAUAAAUAA